GUUUUAUAGUAUCCGUUGCCAUUGUUAUAUUUUUGGGCAUGAUAUCUUCAGUAUCAACAAAAAGUACAGAAGGACCCCAACAUCUUUCUUCUAUCAGUUCUUUUAUGUAAGAAGGUUCUUCUGUUGGUAACUCUAAAUCCUUAACUAUGUAUAGAUCAUCUUGAGCAAGUUUUGUAGACAAUGUGCUGGCAAGACCACGAACGCGUAUGUAAAAGGGAAGCAUAUAAAAAUGAGGUGUCGGAGAUCUUGGACCAUGUGCAAUACCGCCACCUCUCCAUAGUGGUGAACGUCUACUUCCAUGUCGUGCACGACCUGUACCUUUUUGUUGCCAAGGUUUAUGACCACCACCUCUUGCUUCUGCUCGAGUUUUUGCAUGUGCAUAGCACUGAAAUAAAAUACUAAAUUUACUUCCGAAUGACAACCUCCUUUAUAGAUAGUUGUUUGUUAUUUUGUAAUUACCACAUAACGGUACAUCCUCUGCCAUCUAACAUUUUGAUGAAUUAUAUCUACUCUUGGUGGUGCUGCAUAGACGUCUGGAUGUAGAAACAUUAGACCUAACUUUUUUCUUUCAAGCGUGUCUAAGUUUUCCAGCCAAACUUCCCGUGGCUUUUGAUAUAAAAACUUCUCAUCGUUAUAAUUUACUUUAGAGAUAAUUGGAACAAAUUCUUUACUAGUUGUUUGUUCGUUAACUACAGCUGUGCAAAGCUUUGCCGCUUGUUGCGAGCAAACCUGAAGCUUUGUAAUAACGUUCCGAAGAAUCAUCGACAUUUUUGUAAACAAAGUUUGUUUGUUACGUAUUCACACGAUACUCAUUGUUGAACUAUAACCUAAUAGUGUUUCUACCCCACUUUAACUUUAUCUAAGUUUCCAGAUGUCGCUGGAAGAAAUAAUUUUGCAGAUGUCACUACUGUAGAUCAUGUGGACUUCUUCGGACAAACAAAUAACUUCAAAUUUUUUAAUUGUCGCACUCGAUGGAUUUUUUACUAUGUGAACAUUGAAUAAUAAACUAAUGUUUUAAUAGGUUUAUAUUAAUCGCAACAAACGACACGUUAGGCGAUAUAACAUAGACGGGUGCCGCCAAAUAUUUUUGUGUUAUUGUAUGUAUUAUUGUAUUGUAUAUUAUUACCAAAAAUGUUUGGAAGAAAGGCUUUUAAGCUUAUAUCGGAAUUAGAUUCAUGUACGGAUAUUGAACCGUUCAAUGUAAACAUUUUGUAGGAAGCAGUAGUUAAAGAAGUUUUGGAAGAAAUGCAUUCUCUAUAUGAUGCAAACAUGUCUGAUAGUAUGGCCAUUCAAAAUGAGGACAAUGUGACUUUACUACCAUCGAUUCAACUUAGGCAUAUUGCUUUGAACAGAAACAAAAGAUGCGUUUUGGCAUACCUAUAUAACAGAAUGAGAAAGUUAAGAGAAUUACGUUGGGAAUUAGGAAGCAUUUUACCCCCAGAAAUAAGUUCCAAUCUGUUGAAUGGUGAGGCUCAAUGGUAUCAAUCAUACAACAAAUCUUUAGCUACAUAUAUGAGGUCAUUGGGUGAAGAUCAAGGAUUUAAUUUGACAACAAAUAUGUUACCCCCAAAAACCCCUUAUGUGGAGGUGAAAUGUGUAGUAGAUUUUGGAAAGCUGGAGCUGGAUGAUGGCCAAGUUAUAUUAUUAAAGAAAAAUACGUAUCAUUUAUUACCAAGAGCUGUGUGUGAGCCACUCAUAAGACAAGUUCUUUUUAAAAGCAUACAUCAAGUAAUCCUUAAAUUAAAGGGAGGUGUUUGGAAAGGUGAAGAGGAAGUUCUUUCAAAGAACACAAUUACCCAAAAUAUCCACCUGAAAUUCCCAGUACCCGCCAAACUCAAGAAAUUGCGUUGAACAUUCGACUCUUAUCCAAAACCACAUUUAAAAAUUUCUCAACCCGCAUGUGUAUACACGGUUACAUUAGGAAUUUCCCCGAGAAACUUAAAUUCCAUCCGCCAGCGCAUGGUUGACUGCAAACAGUUCGAAGUCGGUCCGCGCAUGCUACACCGCGUUUUGCUCGACGAUAGUGUGGUUUGUUUAUUCCCCUGCGGUGCAACUCUCGU